AUGCCAGACUCUGACGCAACCUACUCUCCGUCUCACAGCGAGGAUUACGAGAGAAUCGAGCAUGGUGCAUCAGCUCCACCACCACCACCAGAAGAAGAGCGCCAGUUUCUGGUGUUCGAGAGCUGCCUAAGGGAGCUUUUCAAGACGUGCCAAGAGUGCUCAAGACUGUGCCAAACAACGAUCGAAACUACCGGCACACUGAUCACAGUCUACAGCAUCUGCCCUGUGGAGCACGUGCGCACAUGGAAAAGCCAGCCCAUCGUCAACGGCAGACCAGCAGGGAACAUACUGCUGACCAGCCACCUGGUCUUCUCUGGAGUGAAGAUUGCCCCUACGCUGCGGAUGCUACGCCAUAUGAACGUGCAGGUCAUCUCCGACUCGAGCUUCUACGAGCAUCGGAAGGCCUUCGCUCUACCUGCAAUCCACAAGGUCUGGCUGCAAGAGCAACAGGAACUUCUCAACGAGUUGCAGAACAAAGAGGUGGACAUCUCCGCUGACGGGAGAUUUGACUCCCCUGGGUUCUGUGCCAAGUACCUGACGUACACAGUCCAUGUCGAGCAAAUCAACAAGAUUCUACACUCUGUCCAGGUCCAGCUAAAAGAGUCUGAACAGGCCAUGGCCAGUGUCAACAUGGACAAGGAGGGCCUCCUCAAGCAGCUGCAAUUCUUCAAGGAGAAAGGUAUCAAGAUCCGAUCGUUGGUGACUGACCGUCACCCUGCCACACGAAAGCACAUGAAGACGCACGAACCCGGGAUUGACCACUUCUUUGACAUAUGGCACAUCUCCAAAAGUGUGAAAAAGAAGCUGACAGCAGCAAGCAAACGGGCUGGAUGCCAAGACCUGCAAAUCUGGAUCCAGACAGCUACAAACCAUAUGUACUGGUCAGCAAGGGCUGCAGGAGGCGACGAGAAACUGCUCAUCGACAUCUGGCUCAGCAUGCACAACCAUGUCAUCAACAAACACUCGGGGCACGAAGGAACCUAUGGAAGGUGCCUCCAUGACUCGCGGGCCUACAACCAAUUCAAGAGCAUCACUGGCAACAAACUGCUCCUGAAGGACCUUGCACAGAUGUCUCCACAUGGCCAGACAUAUGCUUUGGAGGCGUUCCACAGCGUCCUGAUAGACUUCGCCCCGAAGUCCCAGGCUUUCAGCCCAGAAGGCAUGCUUGCAAAGUAA